UCUUUUGGGACCUCAUAAUGAAUCAAGAAAUGGAUCACACUUCUCCCACAUCUCAAGACACUGAUCAUGAUUCCACAAAUGCUGCCCUCAAGCUGCAAAAGGUUUACCGGAGUUAUCGUACCCGUCGUAGAUUGGCAGAUUCUGUACUUGCAGCUGAAGAGCUCUGGUGGCAAGCGAUAGAAUACGCUCGUCUCAACCAUAGCACGACGGCUUUCUUCAACUUCAUACACCCUGAAAAACCAUCUUCGCGGUGGAGCAGGAUCAGUUGGAAUGCUUCCAAGGUAGGGAAGGGGUUAGUCAAGGAUGCCAAGGCUCAAAAGUUGGCCUUCCAGCAUUGGAUUGAAGCUAUUGAUCCAAGGCAUCGAUAUGGUCACAAUUUGAGCAUAUAUUUUGACGAGUGGUGUAGAAGACAGACACAGCAACCAUAUUUCUACUGGCUGGAUAUCGGAGAUGGGAAAACGGUUGAUCUUGAUGAGUGCCCGCGAUCAAGACUUAACCAAGAAUGCAUCAACUAUUUAGGACCUCAAGAGCGAGAAUGCUACGAGUACAAAAUAGUAGAAGGAAAGUUCAUCCACAAGCAAACUGGAAAUGCUCUUGACACAAAGGAGCAGACAUCAGGCUCGAAAUGGAUAUUUGUGAUGAGCGUGUGCAACAAAUUGUACGCUGGAGAGAAAAGGAAGGGAAUGUUUCACCAUUCGAGUUUCCUAGCAGGUGGUGUGACUCUAGCAGCCGGAAGGCUCGUUGUAGAAUGUGGAAAGCUUAAGUCUGUAUCAGCUUAUAGUGGGCAUUACCGGCCAACAGACGAGAACCUCAGCAUCUUCCUCGCGUUCCUGCAGAAGAGUGGCGUUAAACUCGAGGACGUUAAGGCAGGUAACUUUCGUUACAGAAACCAACAGAGCUAUGAUGCUGAAAACUUAGUCCAUGAGAAACACAACUCAUUAAGGUGAAGUCUUAAACAGAUAUGAAGAAGCAAGGAUGAGAGUGAAACACAGCAAAACUGCCAUGAUAGAGCUGAUUCACGACGCGUUGCUUUACGUUCAGGGUCAUGAUCCAUCUAGACUCUACAUUACUGAUUAGGACAACCAUGUUAUGUUAAUGAUUUUCCUAGUCAAAACCCAACCCUGUGUAUGAUUGUUUUGGGGCAUAUAGAUAUAGCCCCCAAUUGGUAUUAGAGAAACACCAUCAUCAUACCAAUCCACAGUUUCAAUUUCUUAAAUAAAAGAGAAACAUCAUUCUUGUGAUACAUGAAGAAAA